UAACCCAUUGUCUUCGCCCCCUCCUUAGCAGUGCUUAGCCUUACGUCUGAGUAUCAAUCUCAUGCUAAUGCACUUCUCUUUCAAAAUUCUUCUUGAAAACUGGAUUGAGUGGCAAGACAAUGUUAAUGACGUUGGGUCCUGGUCAUGUGAAAUGAACAAAAACGUUUCAGCAAAAUGUAACCACGAUAUGGCCAACGUAUUUACCAAUAUUAGCAGAAAUGCGGAAAAAUGUUGAUACUCAUUAUAAUAUAACUAUGCCUCGGGAAAACACGCAGUACAAUGGCAAAUACGUAUAUUGUUAUUGCUGCAUCAAUUUUGUUUUGCAUUGGAUUAAUUGGAAAUUCUAUAACCUUGUGUUUUGUUGCUGUGUCCAAACGAUUGCACACUCCAACAUACGUCCUGAUUGGAUGCCUAGCAGUGUCUGACCUACUCGUCUCCGUGACACGAUAUGUUCAGAUAUUUGAAAAAUCUUUUUUUAAAGAAUAUACACAGAUAUAUAUUUAUUGGACAUUCAGCUUUUUAUUUCUUCACUCGGCAUUUUUCCAUAUGGUGUUAGUGUCAUAUGUACGUUUUGUUUUUAUUACAAAUCCUCUCCGCAGUUUGAUAUUGACUUGUAAAAAAAUUCUUUUGAUGUCUUGUGCCAUCUGGAUUAGCUCUAUUGUCGUUUCCAUCGGGUACGGAGCAUUUAAAGUGCUAAAAUUAAUGAACAUUAUAUCUUUCGAAACAGCAGUUUUAGCUGAGAUUGGGUUUGGUUUGUAUGUUAGUGGAUUACCAUUUAUUAUUGUAAUUAUUUUUAAUGUUCGAAAGCUGUAUUAUCUGUAUAAUCAAACAGCUAAUGUUCGACGGACCAGAAUAGCAAAUUCGAUGUCGUUGAUGUUUUGGAUUAUUAUCGUGAUUUAUCUUCUCAGCACAAUAUAUCCUUUAAUUUACGUAAUUGACUAUGCAAUGUUAAAAGAAAAGUCACUACUAAAUAGAAAAUUAGACUUUGUUCAUCAUAUGUUUUCUUUUUCAUUGCUUGUUAAUAGUUGUUUGAAUCCUUUGAUAUAUUUCAUGUUUUCACCUCCUGUCUUAAGACUUCUCUCCCGAUUAAGAAAAUGUUGUAAUCAUGGCAAAGAUCCAAACAUAAGCAAUCCUAGGUCGUGUCCACAAGUGGAAUCGCAUGGUAAACCAUUCGUCCUUUACAAUUUGAUGUAACUUCUUGCUAUUGUGAUUUACGUAAUCAAAUAAAAUCGUUUUUGUUCUA